GGAAGUUAAGCCGCUCGGCUGCAACAGUGUUGUGAGUUAGUUUGCAGCUAGGCUCUUCUGACAUUCCGUGUUUUUGUCAGGUUUUCAGCAAACACAACAAUGUCUGAAAGAAAAGUACUGAACAAAUACUACCCUCCAGACUUCGAUCCGUCGAAAAUCCCCAAACUCAAACUCCCCAAAGAUCGACAGUAUGUGGUCCGAUUGAUGGCUCCAUUCAACAUGAGGUGUAAAACAUGUGGUGAGUACAUCUACAAGGGAAAGAAGUUUAAUGCACGCAAAGAGACGGUUCAGAAUGAGCUGUACAUGGGACUGCCAAUAUUCCGGUUCUACAUCAAAUGUACUCGGUGUCUUGCCGAGAUUACAUUCAAGACUGACCCAGAGAACACCGAUUAUGCUAUGGAGCACGGCGCAACACGAAACUUCCAGGCAGAGAAACUUAUUGAAGAGGAGGAGAAGAGAAUCCAACAGGAAAGGGAUGAUGAGGAACUGAACAACCCCAUGAAGGUGCUUGAGAACCGCACAAAGGAUUCUAAGUUGGAGAUGGAGGUGCUGGAGAACCUUCAAGAGCUGAAGGAGCUGAACCAGAGACAGGCUCAGGUGGACUUUGAAGGAAUGAUUGACCAGUACAGAGAGCUGGAGAAGAGAGAGAGGGAAAGAGAAAAAGAAGAGGAUGAGCGUGAAACAAAGGAGAUGUUAGAACGCGUCCUUAUAAAAAGACUACGGGACUCCGACUCUGAUUCGGAGCAUGAAGAGGAAAGCAGCAGCGCGCAGCUAAAGAAGUCGAGCACGGACAAGCCAACAGAUAUUCUCACGGAUGAAAAACCACUGGAGGCACAGGUGGCCUCAGCUGGGGGUGUGAAGAGGGCGAAGGUGGAGAGCUGGGAGAGGAGUGUUGGGACGCUGGGCGGCAGGGGGUCGCUCGGUUCGCUGGUCGUGCGUAAGAAACCAGCCGUGCCGGUCAGCAAACCCACUGCAGCGGUGGCACCUGCUGCCAGGACCUCACCGACAGGCUCGACGGCAUCGACGGCCGUGAAUACUUCUAAACCCGCCGCCACUCAAAAUGGGUCAUCGUCUCUCAGCCUGCUGGGGGCGUAUUCAGACAGUGACAGCAAUGACAGUGAAUAAGAAGACGAUUUGACUGACUGACACACAGACAAUGGAAAACAGUGAUGCAGAAAGGAAAACUGAUGCAGUACGAGACUUAGUGUUGUAUAAACCACUUUGUGGGCUGUGUGUGUGUUGGUGGACAGUUAUUACAAAGAUUUUACUGUCAUCUCUCCAAAUCCAAUAAAGACACUGAACCAGUGAAAAACAGCUUUUAUUGAGGAUUUUUAUUAAAAAUGUGAUCUUGUGUGGAAAUAUAACUUACAAAUUUUAAGUGUUUAAUAAAGAAUUCAACUCUAUUUGGUUG